AAACAAUCUCAAAUAGAAAUAUGAUUUUCGAGGACAAGAUGUCGUUCCCAACGAGGACAAGAGUUUUUCGAUCUACUUUUGUAGGGCCUCUAAGCGGUCUCCGGCCUGUAAUUUUCAGCAUUCUUUUAGAAGUUUUUGUCCAUCAUGUCCUCGCCACAUGGACUAGACAACGGCACGUUUGCUGGACAGCUUUUGGUGCGGAGCAUCUGGAUUGCGCACGGAAUGUGGCCUCUAGAAACACAAUGGUCAUCGCGUCAGACACUUGCGUCACUGCUGGAACUACAGGGAACGGGAGCAGCUGCACCGAAUGUACUCGACCCGGAGUAGGCCUAAGCGACUAUGGCGUCGCCCGUUGUAGCACAGACGGGGUCCGUUGCGCGUUUGUUUUGCCCAGUGACAAAGUUUUUCUCACGGUCGCGGCAGGUGGCUCUGGUUUGACGUGGUCUUGUGGAAAGGCGGCUCAGGUGGCCCAGGAAAGGUUGGCGCAAGCAGAAAACUUGGCUAAAAGAUUCUACGCAAGCGUCACAGCUGAAGGUCUUCUCGAUGCCAGUGCUGCAACUGGAACUCCAGGAGUGACUGAGUUAUAUCGUCCUCAGAAAUAUCCCAUUUCGCAAGUCCAUGUGCACGAUUUGGGCGAAGUGGGGGUCUGCUCGACGCGUACAAGCUCACUGUACUUGUUGUACGAUGAAUAUGAGUGUACGACAUCCGGAUCUGGUGAAGAUAGCUCUACAAGAACUACAGAGGUGCCGCAGUUGAUGAAAGACCCCACCAAUCAGGCCAUUGCUUUAAAACACACGACGAAAACACUUGCGGAAGCAAAAGCAUUCUGCGAUGGGAGCUCGGACUGUGCUGGCGUCCUUAAUAUCCAUAAUCAGAACCAGGAUGAUGCCAGCCACUUCGAGUAUUUCUUGGCGCUCCCGAGUGACAUCAAGACCAGCACUUAUUGUCGGAAGCAAGCUUCGCCAGCACUUGAUACAGAGCAAAAGCGAUCUAGGAUCUGGAAAAAAGCACACACGCAAUGUCCUUGGCGUUUGGCCUAUCCUAGUGGAUACGACUCCAACAACAUCAACGCCUACACAGUUGCGAAAACUGGUGAAACCAGACCAGUGACUUUUGACGACUUUGCUUUGAGGUGUGGCCCGAAGCAUGGUUUCAGGGUUUGUCCACCUUCCUCAAAGCGGAGUUUCUGUGAUGAGCGGAUCGGCAUCUGCAGAAGUGUGGACGAAUGCAGGAACGAGUGGACGGAAAUCCCUACUGGUCUACGCAAGAAUGAUUACCAGUGCAGUGACGUCGGGCAUCCCUACAGCGGAACGGCGUUGCAGGACAACGACUGUCAUUUGGUCGAGGGGUAUCCAACAUCGUGGUCUACAACCGUAGACGAGAAAGUUCAUCUACCAGGAACGACGAAGAUGACAGACUGGCGAAGUCUAGAAGUGGAAGGGCAUAUGCUGACAUACGGUCGUUGUGAAGAUACGCAUAUUCGCACUGCGGAACCGGCUUACCGCGAUUUGGGAGAAGAACCGAGUGUCUGCACUGCAGCAGAGUUGCCAGCUUGCUCAGAUGCGUGCGCUAGUGCGAUGAACGGCAUCUGCGAAGACGGAGAGAUGGCAGGACCGGACGGCAAAGCUCUGGCUACCAUGCCACCGCUUGCCGCAUGGACCGGAGGCGCGGCUUUUCAAUUGCCAUUAGAUAACAAAGCGGCCCAGAUCAUUAAUGGCAUGGUCAAUACGACGUCGACGUCGAUCUCUAGCAAGAGGACGGGGUUGUUUUCUUGGACAGCAGGAGUCGAGCAUGGCUCUACUUUAUCGUCUCUGAGUUCCACAACUACAUAUCUCGGUCGUUCUCUUGCUUCCCGUCCUGACGUUCGCACCUGCCCCAGAGGCACAGACUGCACCGACUGCGGAGUUAGACAAAAUGCGUGGCGACGACUGGUCCAUAGUCAUUUUUUCACCGGCCGUUCCUACACCGACGACGGAACUAACACCUAUGGCUACUUAUACCGAUCGGGUACGCCUAACCCUUCGUUACCUCCAGUGCUCGAGGGAGACUAUCCCAGUUCGGGACUCGUCUAUUCGAUGCGAGAUCUGCAAACCAAGGUAGAGAAAGAGUUUCCUAGUAUGAACGGCAGAGCAGUAGCCACUGGUCACAGAAUGGUGGGUCAAGCGAUGGCGAAUGCUUUGAAGAGCCGGCAAUUCGGUUUGAACACGCGUAUGAGGAUCUGCGAAAUUGCAGAAGUCCAGAACAGCACGAUGUCAAUCUGGAGCAACGCCAGUCGGCUGGCGCAUUUCACUUCUGCCUCCCGAUGUGUAGAAACUAUGGCUUCGCAUUCCCUGUUGAAGAGGCUGUUCCGCCAAAACGACUUUCAGGGUCAGCGUACUAGCGGUAUCUCUUCGAGGCCAUUGGGGAUCUGGAAUGCGAACAAUCACUACCAAGGAGGCGUGUGUGGUGCGGCUUGUCUCUUCGGCAGUCCAGACCCAAAAAAGAGGGAGAGCCCCUUUCAGGACACUUUUCAACACAGUGUACGACAAGCUGCGUGGCCAGUGCGAGACGAAGAACCAUCUUUUCAGUGGAGGGUGUCGACUAGAGCAUCGGCUGCAGUUACGCCAGCUGCUUGGCUUGAUGACACAGAUGUUAGCAUUGAUGCGUUAAAAACAUUUGCACUUGAUGCACUAGGGUAUGAAAACUCGAAGUUGGAGAAGCACUACAAUCCGAACGUGGCCGCCGCCAAUGGGCCCUACACUCCGAGAGACGGCUUUUACGUUUCUACAAACGGAAAAGGUGUGGAAUGCUUCUUUUCGCGGUUGAGUGACGAAUCAGCUACGACUGCAGCGAGAGAUAUGGCUAGUGAGAGCACGAUUCCUAGUUUGAUCGGUCUUACCUGUCGUUGGGGCACCACGGCGGCUGAUGCCAAGAGCAAGUAUUUUGGCAUCGCGAUUGAUAUCAUGUGCGCAGCCAGUACGACCACGACGACGACGACCACAGCGACUACCACAACAGUAGGCUUCGCGGAACCUUCAGGCAGAGCAGCUGCUGUUGCUGCUACCUCACUUCCUCCAGGUGUCGUGGAAAAACAAGUCGUGAAGCACGAGAGUGUGACAGAUAUUGCGACAACGUUUUUGAGCACUUUGACCACUGCGCAGAAAGAGAGUGCGAGAACAGCGAUUUUGAUAGGCAUUAGCACCGCGUUUUGCGCGCCGUUGGUAGGAACCCCGCAGGAAGUGCAGAACAAGCUGAAGAUUUUCUCGAGUGUGUACAACUGCCAAAGCAGCGAGGGUGAAAAUGGCGCGACGACAAGUGUGAGCAUCGCUUGGGAAGGCAUGCUAACGCUUGGCUCGAAUAGAAGAACAUUGAUGCAAGGAGUGAAUGAGCAUGCUAAUGGUAGUGACGAAGAAGAUGCUAGCAAAGAUGAGGAUGAUCAAGCAUCUUCAGCGCCGCGAAGAUCCUUAGUACAAAGCGGCAACGCAAAAGCGACUUUUACUGUGCAAGCAGUGAAAAGCGACAGUGGGUCGACAGACGUCGUUACUGGUGCUAAGACUCUGCUCUCAAACUCUGCGGCCACGACCUUAUCUGCAACAACUGUGAAGACAACAGUCGUCCAGAAAAUGCAGCAGGCUUUUCUUGUCUCCGCUCCAUCCUUGAGUUUCUUUGUUUCUGUGCCUUCGGUUUCUAUUUCUGCUUCCAUCGUAAGCAGUGCGACGAUUCAGGUGACCGUUGCACCCACGCCUGCGGGGGGUACUGGCAGUGGAAGCUCCGGUUCUCCUCCCUCCAACAACUUAGGAGCUAGAGGAACAAGUACAACGUCGUCGUCGAAUUCAGACGAUGGAGAUCCAAGUUUGACCCUCAUCGUCGCGUUGUGUGUGCUAGGUGCUGUUUCUCUCAUGAUCGGGAUAGCGAUACUGUACUUUCGGAGAACAAGAAGUGGGCAAGGGAAUCUUCGACAAGCAGGUGGCCUGGAUUCAAGAGAUCCACGACGAGCACUGUCACCUCCGCGAUUUAGAGGUACGGACGCUUCGAGUAUGAUGAGCAAAGAUUCGGCACCAGACUUUGAUUCAGUCUAUUGGGAUGGCCAUGGUGCAGGUGCUCCUGCUGUUGCUGACACGAGAAAGAUAACGAUCGAUAAGGUUGAAGAUGAUGGAAAAGGAGGCAAAGAGGAGCAUGGUCAACAUGAUCAACAAAGAGCAAGCAGCUUUGCGCUAGGGUCAGAAUCUAAAAUGUUGGAUCAUACAGCUGCAGCCGCGGCAAGGGAGGUGUCAGCUCUGGUAGAUACUUCGAGCGAAGGGGAAGAUGAAGAUCUGGGUGUCGGAGACGAAGGGGUGGAGUUGAAGAUGGGGUCUUAUCCUUCGCGCACAGUGGACAAAGAAGUGAGUUCCAUGACAAAGAAAACUGUCGCAUUUGACAGAAACGUCGUACUAGAAGGUCGCCGUUCAUCUUCUGGCACUGGAGGCACUCUACCUAGUUCACCUAAAAAGAGCAAAUACCUUCAGGUCGAAACCAAAAAAAGUGGGGAUGUUAGUAUGAUAAGAAGACUUACAGCAGCGAAAGACGCAGCGAUGAAACAACUAGAGCAAGUCAAUAAGAAAAAGUCGAGAUUAGCAGUCAAGCCAUCAGGGUUGUUGCCAGGUGACGGAAUAUGGCGAAAGAAGUCAUCAGCAGUUGAACGAGAUGGAAAAAAGAGCAAAACACGGGCCACGAAGAAGUUUCAGGAUGACUUGAUUGCACUACGUAAGGAAAGAGAUAAGCUGUUGAAAAAAAGUCAGGUUCAGGUAAGCGGAAUUGAAAUAAAUCAGUGAUGUUCGAAGUGGAGAAAAACGCAGCACUUUGAUUUUCAAUUUUACUGAGAAACUACAUCUAAUUUUCCGAUGCCGAUGCUCCAUGUAUUUAACAUUAGCUGGUUUAUCGAAGGCAGUUAGGGU